UCACAACGCAAAGCUUUAGCGCCGGAAACUGCCGCACACAGCGCACGGGAGCACAGACCAGUGCCACAACCCGUCGCUCCGGCAGUCCGUCCGGCUCGAACCGACCCAAAGUUUACACGGGAAACUCUCGCGAUUCCGUCCGUUUUGGCCUCCACAAACCGGGAGCUUCUCCGAAGGAGAUCACAGCACAGCGAUCCGCGAGGUGCCAGCCGAAACUUGCCAGUUACCCACUGGCAACCGCGCGGCCUGGCUGCACGGCCGCACCCCGUCGCCUUCCGUUCCCUCCCCCACGAGCCCGCGUGUCCCCAAUCAUACUAGCGCGGCCGUGUCCGUUUCCUCCUCCGUCGCCACCACCACCACCACCACCUCUUCCCUCCCCGGCGUCCGCUCCGCCCCCAUUCGCCGAUGCGGCGGGUCCCCAAACCCUAGCCCGAUCCCGACGGCGGCGAUGGCGGCUGGCCGUGCGGGGGGCGCGCCGCCGGUCACCGGCGACCGCUACCUCGACUUGCUGGUCCGCUUCGUGGGCCGCAACGCCGGGGCGCUGCUCGACGGCUCCGUCACCCUGCGACUCCACCCCGUGGGGCUCCACUACGUCGCCUCCCGCCUCGAGGCGCUGCGGGAGCUGGAGGCGGUCGGCGCCGGCGCGCCCGUCGACUACCUCCGCGCCUACGUCGCCGACCUCGGCGACCACCGCGCGCUCGAGCAGCUCCGCCGGAUCCUGCGCCUGCUCACGUCGCUCAAGGUCGUGGCCCCCGGGCCGGGGCGGGACCCGGCGCCGCUAUCACUCGUGCCGUUCGCGCGCCUGCGCGUGCUCGAGCUGCGUGGGUGCGACCUCUCCACCUCCUCCGCCGCCAGGGGCCUGCUCGACCUCCGCCACACCCUCGAGAAGCUCAUCUGUUACAAUUCCACGGUGCGAUUACGACAUGUUCCCCAGUAAUUCUGAUCCUGCAGCUACUUAAUUCGUUGUUUCCGGCAAUUCACAUGGAUGCUCUUAGGCAUAUCUUCACGAGCAGGAUCAUGGAUAUCAAGGACUCACCCGUAUGGGGUCGGCUGUUGUAUGUAUCAUGUGCUUCAAAUGGUCUGGUGCUCAUGGAUGAGUCAUUGCAGUUGUUACCUGCAGUUGAAACCCUUGAUCUUAGUCGGAACCAGUUUGCAAAGGUGGAUAAUCUGCGGAAAUGCACAAAGCUACGAAAUCUAGAUCUUGGAUUUAAUCAUUUGCGCUCUAUAUCAUCCUUGAGUGAGGCUUGCGGUCGAAUUGUGCAACUUGUACUGAGAAAUAAUGCUUUAACUACACUACAUGGGAUCAAAAAUCUAAAGUCGCUUAUGGACCUUGAUCUGUCUUACAACAUCAUCUCAAAUUUCUCGGAGCUGGAAAUACUUGGUAGCCUUUUUUUGCUACAGAACCUAUGGUUGGAAGGCAACCCAAUCUGCUGUGCUCGUUGGUAUCGAGCACGUGUUUUCAGUUUUCUCCACAACUCAGAAAGUUUGAAGUUAGAUGAUAAAGGUAUGAACACACAGGAGUACUGGGAAAAACAAGUACUGUUUUCAAGCAGGCAAAAGCAACCUGCUGGCUAUGGAUUUUAUUUUCCUGCAAAAGAUGACCAUGAGGAUGAAGACACAUCAAAUUCAAAGAUGAAAAAGAUUUCUCGACUUGCCUUAAUUGUGGAGGAAGAGAGAAGUCUUUGUGAUGAAGGUGUGGACCAGCAGACCACCCCCCACGAAAGUGACAGUUCUAAGAAGGAUGAAGUUGCAGGUGCUGAUAAUGACAUAAAAAUUACUUCGUUGAUCAAUACAGCUGAAUUAUUGAAGAAAGAGAAAUCAACUGAUUGGCUGCGUGAAUUUAAGGAGUGGAUGGAUGAAAACAUGGAGAAUACAGAACCUGACAACCUUUACAUAGAGUUCAACAGUAGCAAUGGAAGGUAUGAGGAACAAAAGAAAAUGCAGAAAGCUCAAAAGAACUCAAAGGACAUCUCAGACUUGGUACAGACGUCAGAAGGUGGGAGCAGCUCAAACAUUUUGGAAUCUGACUUAUCUUUCACUGAUGGUGCAUGUUACAGUGCUAAUGGUGUUACCACAGAAUCCUCACAUGAAGGGAAUAUAUACCAGGCUCCUUUAAAGUUGCACUUGAAUUCUUCCCAGCAACUUCCUCCACUAAAUUUUGUAGCCAUUUCGCAUGCUGAUUCUUUUUGUGAGAUGGAAGAUGGCACUGGAAACUUACAUACAAAUGGAGUUUCAUCAAAUUUGAUGAACAAGCUGGUAGAACCGAGUCUAUCCUUCACAAAUUCUAGUCCGCAGUCACCCCCACAAUACAAGGAGGACAUUCUGCAUCGAAGACUUUGUAUGGAGGAAGAGGUUUUGCAGACUUCGGGAGACUUUAAUUGUGCUGGUUCGCUUGGUAGUGGUAGCAGUUGCAGUGAUGACUCUUCAGGUGAUUUAUGUUCAUGCAAUUCCGAAGAUGAUUGUGUUGCAAUUCGAACAAAAAUGGAGUUGUCCCCCAAUGGUCAAAUAGCUAGGUUUUCUUCUGUAGGUGAUUAUGAGGAAAAGGAUGGAAUGGAAUAUUUUUCUGGGAAGAAAGGUUUGCCUGAUUAUUCAGCAGAGGAUGUCCCAAAUUUUACAGAUUCCGUUGAGUUUGGUAUUAAGCAGUUACAUGAUAGGUACAAGAGCAAUGGGCAUUUAGGAGAAGGUUCAGAUCAUUUGGUCAGACAACAGAGUAACCAGAAGUUUAAGAUGAGGAUACCUCCUCUUUUUAAGAAUCAUAAUGGCACUAAACUUGUAUUUCCGAAGGUCAAUGGAGAUGAAAUGGAUAAUGGGGUUUCAGUUGCAGGGAACGGCCAUCUGGGAUGCAACCUGAACAACUGUACUCUUUGCAGGGAACACAGCUUAGAAAACCAUAAUUCAAGUAUCUUGCACAAGGAUAACUUAUGUGCCAGUGCCAAUACAGUUUCUUGUAACACUGAAAAGUACAAGCUUAUUGAGGAUUUCUUCAAUUUAGAAAUUGCAAGCGACGCAUCUGAAAUUUGUGAAAAGACAGCCUUUUGUGGAUACAUAUUUCAAAAUGGCACUGGAAGUGAUUUGGUUCAAAGAGAGGUAGCCUUGCUGCGAUGUUCUCAAAAUAAACUACAUGUUGUGCUAGUUGAUAUGGCUCAAGAUGGACAAGACACUAUGCUAAGAGUUUUGGGCAGCUAUUGGAUGGAAGAUCUGGAGAAUAUUUUGAUCGGACUGGGUCUACAAGCAUUGAGGGUACACAUGGCAGAUAAUACAACUCACCUAUUCUUGACAAGGACUUCCAAGGAAGCAGAAGAUAUACUUUGGCUCUUAACCGCGUCUAAUUUUCCACAAUUAACUAGUAGUAUAUCUUUGCAAAGCUGGGAGAAGGUCCAACUUAAAUUGCUUGAGAAUUGUAUCCAUCCAAGUUUGGAAAUGGGAAUAUUUCUCUACUCGUUGUUGAUGUUUUGGAAGAAUGAUACUGAAGAAGGAUCCUUUGUUAUUAGAUCCCUCGCUGUUACUGAAGGGUCAUUAUUUGUGUGUAUCGAGAACAUACAUCAGUUUGGUUCCCUCCCUGAUGAUCCGGAUACUCCAUAUUUUUCUCUGGAUGCUUGUUGUUUUAUCAACGAUAUUCAAGAAGUGGUUGUGGAUCACUGUGACAAGAGAUGUUUGACAUUAGUUUUGGACAACCAUGCACAUGAAGGAAGAUUUUGCAGUAACGGUAGCAUUACAAAUUCACAGAGCAAGCAACCAGAUGAAAUUUACACAGUGCAUACAUGGAAACUCAAGUGGUUCUCUGAAGAAACAGUUGUGAAGUUCAUUUCUUUACUUAAAGCUCUUUACUCUGUAUCAUCAUCUUCAUCUUUACCUGUAAAGUGUACAUCUUGAUAUGUUGGUUCUUGUAGUUACAUAGUGAUAUUCGUUCAUUCUUUGGGGUUGUAUUUAGUUCUUAAUCUGUAUAGGUUGUUACUAGUUGCCCGUGUAGAUAUAUGCUUCUUAUGCCCUUUGUAGUUAUCAGAAAAUUUUCCCAUCUAAAAAUUGUACAUAACAGAAUUAUAGUGAGUGUGGAGGAGUGGAUCUGCAAUUUUGUCAA